AUGACUUCUGUUACAUGGCCAUCUUUGUUUGGUAGAAAAUGUGUAGAGAUGCUGCGAAAAGUAGUUUUAGGUUCCGUGGGGGUGGCUGCUUUAAUGCCGGUGGUGGGUGCUGCAGUGCCUCUCAAGGAGGCAGUGGGUUCUACGACACCUAUCAAAGAGGAGCUGACAGGUCCCACCAAACCUCCACCAAUGAGGCCGUCUGAUCUCCCGAUAUACGAUGCCCCACACGCUGCAUAUGCUGAGUAUGUGCAAUCAAAAUCCCAAGAAAAAAGUCCAAGUUACCUCAAAUCAACGUUAUUAAUACCAAUUCGCUCCGUGCGUGAGCAGGUACAAGUUGCAAUUGAUCACACCUCUACCGUUAAACAUUCUGUUCAGGAUCAUUACCAUGAUCUUAUGGAUAGAACUGAUUGGAUGGUGAAUUAUUUACGAGAAGAAGACAACAAAGAGGUGCGAUAUGGUGCAGUGGCGAUGGGUGGUCUUACUGGUUUCAUAUUUGGCCUACGGGGUGGCAUAAUCAGGCGAGUGAUAUACGCGGGUGCGGGUACGACUGUGAUGGGCCUGGUAUGCUUCCCUGAAGAAACUAAAGAUAUACUGCAGAAGAACUCAGUCCUCGCCAAACAAUAUAUAAAUAUUGCAUACAACUUUUUCUAUGGAGUGAAACCUGGGGAUCCUCAACUGGAGGUGAAAUUUCCCGAACUGUCUCUCCCCAAAGACUUUUCGGAAAAAAAAAGAAUAGGAAAUUUCAAAACCGAUAAAGUAGAUCGAUUACCAGGGCAGUGA